AUUUUCCUAGUCUUGAACAGACGUUUCAUUAAAUAUGUAUAACGGUGGAUUAUUUUGCCUGAUUUUGACUGUUCUAAUCGCAGCUUCAUUAGCGAUAGAUACUUUUCAGAGCAGUACGAAAAAUACCUUUACAGCUAAUUUAGCUAUAGAUGGUUCAGGUGAUACGUGCGCUGAAACUGGUUUUGAAGCUUAUCCAUGGUUGACCGUCGAUUACAAUACAAAUGUUACAAUUUCCAGUUUGACCAUUUUAGGCAGAAAUAUUCCUCACUUGAGAGUAAGAAUUGGUGACGAACUCGAAAAUCUAGAAUAUCGUAAAGGUUUUAAAUAUAAUCCUAUUUGCGCCUCACCAAGAUUACCGCCAUAUACUAACGAAAUAACAGUAAAUUGUGGAACAACACGAACUGGUCGUUAUUUAACUAUUGAAAGUACUGAUAUGGAAUUAACAUCGUUAAAUAUCUGUAAUAUUAAAUUAAAUACCGCUUGA